CUGCACUACGGGACCCUCCUGGGCAGCAGAGAUUGUGCCCACAUGGCAGCAGGUGCCUGGGCCAGUGCCUUUCUCUAUUCACUGCUGCACACAGCCAAUACAUUUUCCCUGCCCCUGUGCCAUGGCAAUACCGUAGGCCAGUUCUUCUGUGAAAUCCCACAGAUCCUCAAGCUCUCCUGCUCCAAAUCCUACCUCAGGGAAUUUGGGCUUCUUGCUGUUAGCGGUUGUUUGGUGUUUGGUUGUUUUGUGUUCAUUGUUUUCUCCUAUGUGCAGAUCUUCAGGGCUGUGCUGAUGAUCCCCUCUGAGCAGGGACGGUACAAAGCUUUCUCCACCUGCCUCCCUCACCUGGCUGUGGUCUCCCUGUUUGUUAGCACUGCAGCCUUUGCCUACCUGAAGCCCCCCUCCAUCUCCUCCAAAUCCCUGGAUCUGGCCCUGUCAAUUCUGUACUCAGUGGUGCCUCCAAGAAUGGGCUGUGACAUCACAGAGAAGGCUGUGACAUCGCAGAGCAUUGCCGCCACUACAGGGGCUAUGGUGCGGUGUCCCGGGUCGAGCACGGCUCUCUGGCAGCACCCCUGCCACACGGACCGAGACACGCUGACACCAAUGUGGUGGACAGUGAAAUGGCCUUUAUUAACUGCCAACAGGGAACCCCAUAACCACAUGACUGUGAUGGACCUCCAUAACCCCAUGACCUUGAUGGACCUCCAUAACCACAUCACCCUGAUAGACCCCCAUAACCACAUGGCCUUGAUGGACCUCCAUAACCCCAUGACCCUGAUGGAACUCCAUAACCCCAUGACCUUGAUGGACCCCAAGGACCUUGAUGGACCCCCAUGA